GAUACAACCAGUGGAAUUGCUACCUUUUGCAAGAUUGAAAUCAUGGCAGGUCCAGAAACUGAUGCCCAAUUCCAUUUCACUAGCAUCAAAAAAUAUUUCAACUCUUAUACUCUCACAGGUAGAAUGAAUUGUGUAUUGGCCACAUACGGAGGCAUUGCUUUGAAGAUUUUAUACUUCAAAUUAAGGUCUAAAAAAACACCAGCUGUGAAAGCAACAUAAAUGGACUUUAACUUGGACCUCAUCUGUUAAGUUCCCAUGCUUGGAGAAGCUAAUGUCAACUCAUCAUGUGAUACUCAAUUUGUACAAUAAAUUAUGAACCUGGAAAAAAAAAAAA